ACUGCUAUCAGCUGAACAGUUCAGCUAAACAGACUACAUCAGUUCCGAGUUUACUGUUUGUGUAGGAAUGUGGUGUAAUCUGGUGUAAUCUCUAUAAAGUGUGAGAAAGAAGAAAAAACGGAAGAUUUAUCUUCUAUUUUUUUGCGCGUUCAUCAUACACUUCGAGAUAGACGGUCUGUUUGCUGUGGUAUGCCGAUUUUGCAGUUAUUGCGAAAAUGUCGAAAAUAUUCACACCGACGAACCAAAUAAGGUUGACAAACGUUGCUGUUGUUCGCAUGAAAAAGAGUGGCAAGCGAUUUGAAAUUGCUUGUUACAAGAACAAAGUGGUUUCCUGGAGGAAAAAAUUGGAGAAAGACAUUGAUGAAGUGUUACAAACACAUACAGUAUUCGCCAAUGUAUCGAAGGGCCAAGUAGCCAAGAAGGAAGAUCUCAUAAAAGCUUUCGGCACCGAAGAUCAGACCGAAGUAUGCAAACAGAUACUCGAGAAAGGGGAACUUCAAGUCUCUGACAGAGAAAGGCAUAUGGCGAUAGACUCUAUGUUCAAGGAUAUUGCUACCGCGGUUGCUAGUAUGUGUAUAAGUCCAGAGACAAAACGUCCGUAUCCAGUUUCCAUGAUUGAGAGUGCCAUGAAGGAUCAGCUGCACUUCUCUGUUAAACCAAAUCGAAAUUCUAAGCAACAAGCAUUGGAUGUCAUUACACAAUUGAAAGAAGUGAUGCCGAUAGAACGUGCUCAAAUGAGGCUCAAGAUCGUCAUUCAAAGGAGGGAAGCAAGGAAAUUAAGGGACAAAGUGGUUAAACUGGUUUCUAAAACAGAAUCAGAGGAGUGGGACAAUGGAGUUUUAACAAUCAUUUGCUUAAUCGAUCCGGGUCAAUUCAGGCAAUUGGACGAAUUAGUACGAUCGGAGACAAAAGGCUCUGGUUCCUUAGAAUUACUUUGUUUAAAAGAAAUAGUUGAAGGUGAUGAGGUCCUAGAAUAAAUUAUAGCUUAUUUGAAAUGUUAUUAAAUAUUUACUAAUCACUAUCACGGUGGUUACUGUGUCUAUAAAUUCAUAUUUAUUGAACACAUUUUAAUACAUGUUGACUAAACAAUUCUGUUGUGUAGUAGUAGUGGUAAUGGUAUGUUUCCCUUGGAAUUACAAAUUUUAAUAUACUUUACAUCUAACUUUAGUCUAUGCUUUAUCCUUCUUAAUUUCUUAUUUUCUGUCCUAUUUUCCACGCGCGUACGCAUGCAUACACACAUGUUUCCCCUAACUCUUCCAACUUCUUUUCUCCGUUUAUUCUUCCCUUAAAUCUAUCCUUACCUUAUGUCUUAACUACGUUUCUUAAUUUCUAAUAUAAUUUUCGCGCCUUUGCACAUAUUCAUCUCCCCUGUUUCCCUCCCUGAUUUCCAUUUCUAUUUACAUUCACAUCUUCCUCCCUCCUCUCCCUUCUCCAUUUCUACCUUCUUCAUCCACUUUUUCUCCUCGCUUUUCUUCUUCAAAAUACAUUCCACAUUCUCUUUCUAGCUUCUCCUCGCUUCGCUCCAAUUCCUACAUCUUUCCCAAUAUGUUCUUAUGUUUCCAUCUUUCCUUUACACAAUCUAUACUUUUUUUUUCUCUCCCAGCAUUCUCCUACAUUUUCUUCUCUUUUCUUUCUAAUUUGUCUCAUUCUUCCCUGCUUCUCCCUUCAAUUUAUCCCCUUACAUUUCCUUCCUUAUACCUUGAUGUUCUCCAGUUUACUCCUAGAAUCCACUUAAUAUAUCUUUUCUCGUGACCUUUCCAUAUUAUUCUUUUUCCCUCUCUCCAACCCAAUAUUUCCACCUUAUAUUCCAUAACUACCCAUAUCAGCGAAUCAAAUAACCACAGUUUUCUUCCCCCAAUCUUCCUUAAAUCUCUUCAUUCCUACAUCCUAUCCUGUCUCAUUGUUAUCGUUCUUUUCCUUUUUUUCUCACUUUCGUGUUCGUCUGAUCCUCCAUUAGUUUGAAUGAUUCUAAGCUAAAUGUUUAACCUCUUCAGUUUUACUUCCUUUCAAUACCUAAUUCACUCUCUUCAUUUUUCCUCUCCUUCUUUUAAAUAUUAAUAUCCUUGUCUUUUCUACAUUGAUUGUGUCCAUCUUUUCUCUUCUAUCAUGUCUCUCCAACCUCACUAUUGUAUCUUUAUGUCCCUUUCCUUCUCCGCCAAUAACACUAUGUCGUGACACUAUGUCCGCAUACGCCAGUGUACAAUACUAUUGNAUAAAUUAUAUAUAUAUAUAUAUAUAUAUAUAUAUAUAUUUAUAUAUUUAUAUUUAUAUAUUUAUAUAUAUAUGUAUACGUAUACAGUUUUUGUUGUUUUAUCAGUAUUUCUUGUUAAGAUCAUCUUUUGUUAAGUCUUAUUUUGUACGUAAUAGCUUAAUAACUCUGACAAAAGUUUGGCAAAUAUAGAUACUAUUUAAUCAUCAUUUUCUUAUUUUUAUAAACAUUCGAUUAUACGUACCAGUUGUCGAGACGUAUACACAAGUGUGUAUAGUACACAUUAAUUCGAUAUAUGUUUCCAACACAACAAUCGUUUAAGUAGUUGCAUAAAAUUUUCUAAGUUUUUAAUAUUUAUUCAAUAUCAUAACUAUUGGUACAUAAAUAAUGUUAAACUCACAUCUAAUAUAAUUUGCAUUUAUAUUUACAAGUUUUUACUUAUAUUAUCUACAGACAACAGUAUCUUUCCCGUAUAUAAAUAUGUAACACUGCUGUUAUUGAUAAAAUUAACAAAUUUUUUUAUCAAUAUUAUAAUUGAGCAUCUUAAUACACUUUUCCUCUAUAAUUUUAAUCUAUUCAAAAAUAUUGUCAACUCAAAAUACGUAACAUACUACGUAUUCAUAGAUCCGUGGCAUUUCGAGAUAGAUAUACGUUACUUUGGCAAAAUGGCAAACUGUUUAUAUCUAACAACUGAUGAGAGAAGAAGCAUAUAGGCAGACGUUUGAUAACAAAUGAAGGUAAUUCAUUGCGCUGUCGUAAUAUCUAAUUGUAUUACAGUCACUUAUACUUGCGUUUACAUAUGGCUGUUGAUUAUGGUUGCUUUCCAGCAAGAUACAAGAGUCAACA